UUGUGUCGGUGGAGGUUGGAUUGGACCGCUUCUCUUCCUAGUCCAAAUAAUUUCUCAUUAGUUGAGUAAAUAUAGCGAAAGAGUUUAAACAUGAAAUCCGGGAUUUUUAUCUGCUAAUCCACUCGAUUGUGAGCUGCGGAAGAGGGGGGCGAAGCUCCGGGCUGCUCGUCCGUCGGCUCCUCCGGUUUUCUCCGCAUCUCUCAAGCUUCUGGGUAUAGCAGUCGGCUAGAUCUACAACGUCCUAGUAGAGGUGCAUCUCAGUUGCUGUCAAGCUGGCGGCCACACUUGCGUGGAGGUAUACAAACAAUAAUGGUGGCAGCCAUGGAGCUGCGGAUAUGGAAAGAAAUGUGGAUGCUAAAGUUCAUGAUUUGGAGCCACCAUCAUCAAACUCAGUAGUGAGAACGGGUUCAAGGGAUCGGAGUGGCAUGGAGGACCCAGAUGGAACAGUUUCAAGUGUUGCUCAGUGCAUAGAGCAGUUGAGACGGAGUUCUACGACUGUUCAAGAGAAAGAGAAUUCUUUAAAAGGACUACUAGACCUUAUUGAAAAUAAUGAUAAUUCUUUUGGAGUUGUUGCAUCACAUUCCCAGGCAGUUCCAGCACUUGUUGCUCUUCUAAGGUCAGGUUCAUUAGAAAUCAAGGUUUUGGCAGCCUCUGUUUUGGGAUCCCUUUGCAAGGAGGAAGACUUAAGGAUAAAAGUAUUACUUGGUGGGUGCAUUCCUCCACUCCUUGCACUCCUAAAAUCCAGCUCAGUCAAUGGACAAACUGAAGCUGCAAAAACAAUUUAUGCUGUUUCCCAAGGUGGGACAAGGGACCAUGUUGGAUCAAAAAUUUUCUCAACCGAAAGAGUUGUUCCUGUCCUUUGGGAUCAACUGAAAAAUUUUCCUAGGAAUGGAACUGUGGUGGAUGGUUUGCUUACUGGAGCAUUAAAGAACUUAUCCAGGACAACUGAAGGAUUUUGGUCAUCGACUAUAGAAUCCGGAGGUGUGGAUAUACUUAUAGAAGUGGUUGCUUCUGGCCAGUCAAGUACCCUUGCAAAUGCCUGUCAUCUUCUAGGAUGCCUAAUAAUGGAAGAGGCAUCAGUUUGUUCCCAACUCCUGGCUGCAGAAUUGACGAAGAAACUCCUAAAAUUUCUUGGGCCCAAUAAUGAAUCUUCUGUGAGAGCUGAGGCUGCUGGGGCACUCAAAUCUCUGUCUGCUCAGUGCAAAGAGGCCAGACACGUAAUUGUCAAUUUGAAUGGUAUCCCUGCUUUAAUAAAUGCUACUAUAGCUCCGUCAAAAGAAUUUAUGCAAGGAGAAUCUGCUCAAGCAUUGCAGGAAAAUGCAAUGUGUGCAUUGGCAAAUAUAUCUGGUGGAUUGUCAUCUGUCAUUUCCAGUCUGGGUGAGAGUCUUGAAUCAUGCUCUUCACCAGCACAGAUAGCUGACACUCUGGGAGCUUUAGCCUCAGCCUUGAUGAUUUAUGACUCAAAUGCCGACUCUACCAUGUCAUCAGACCCUUUCAGUAUUGAGAAGAUAUUGGUAAAGCAGUUUAAAUCAAAGGUGCCUUUGCUUAUUCAGGAACGCGCUAUAGAAGCAUUGGCUAGUUUGUAUAGUAAUACCAUUUUGUCAAAUACACUCACAAAUUCUGAAGCAAAACGCCUGCUUGUUGGUUUGAUAACUAUGACUACAAAUGAUGCAAAGGAUGAACUUGUGAAAUCUCUCCUUGCCCUCUGCAACAAAGAUUGUAGUCUAUGGCAUGCUUUACUAGGACGUGAAGGGGUUCAGCUGUUGAUCUCUCUUCUUGGCCUUUCUUCAGAGCAACAACAAGAAUGUUCAGUUGCUUUACUUUGCCUGUUAUCCAAUGAGAAUGACGAAAGUAAAUGGGCCAUAACUGCUGCUGGUGGAAUACCACCUCUCGUUCAGAUUUUAGAAACUGGAUCCUCAAAAGCAAAAGAAGAUUCUGCAACUAUACUUGGCAACCUUUGUAACCAUAGUGAAGACAUAAGAGCAUGUGUUGAAAGCGCUGAUGCUGUUCCUGCUCUACUAUGGCUGCUAAAAAAUGGAAGUGAUAAUGGAAAAGAAAUUGCUUCGAGGACAUUAAACCAUCUUAUCCAUAAAUCAGAUACUAGUACUAUAAGUCAAUUGUCUGCUUUACUAACAAGUGAUCAGCCUGAGUCCAAAGUUUAUGUUCUGGAGGCGCUACGAAGUUUGCUCUCUGUGGCACCUCUUAGUGACAUAUUGCGUGAAGGAAGUGCAGCAAAUGGUGCCAUUGACACCAUGAUUAAAAUCUUGAGCUCCUCAAAGGAAGAAACUCGUGCUAAAUCAGCAUUGACACUUGCAUCACUGUUUCAUUGCCGCAAGGAUUUGAGAGAAACUGCUGUUGCAGUGAAGAGUUUUUGGUCUCUCAUGAAGCUACUUAAUGUGGAGGAAGAAAAAAUUUUGAUGGCAGCUUCGUCUUGUCUUGCUGCUAUCUUCCUUUCAAUUAAGAAAAACAAGGAGAUUGGUGCAAUUGCUAAAGAAACAUAUGCCCCUUUGGUGCUUCUUGCCAAUUCCUCUAUUCUUGACGUUGCAGAACAGGCAACACGAGCUUUAGCUAACCUUCUUUUGGAUUAUGAAAUCUCAGUACAAGCAGUUCCAGAGGAGAUUAUCUCACCUGCUACAAGGGUACUGCAGCAUGGCACAAUGGAUGGAAAAACUCAUGCUGCUGCAGCAGUUGCGCGUCUUCUCCAUGUUCGUUCUAUUGAUAAAACUUUGGCUGAUACUUUCAACCAUGCUGGGACAGUUCUUGCACUUGCUUCUCUAUUGGAGUCUGCUACAAUUGAAGAUGCUGCUACAUCAGAAGCUCUUGACGCAUUGCUCAUGUUGUCAAGAUCAAAAGGAUUAGCAGAACAUGAACAUGUAAAACCUCCUUGGGCUAUCCUUGCUGAGUACCCUCAUACUAUAGUUCCUUUGGUGUCUUGCAUAGCCAAUGGCACACCUUUAUUGCAAGAUAAAGCUGUGGAAAUCUUGUCAAGGCUCUGUCAUGAUCAGCAUUCUGUACUGGGUGGUAUAGUAUGUGAAAGCUCGGGAUGUGUGUCAUCAUUAGCAAGGCAAGUUAUUGAAUCAAAUAACUUUAAGGUUAAAAUCGGGGGAAGUGCUCUUCUUAUUUGUGCUGCAAAAGAGCAAAGCCAAAAGCUGAUGGAAACCUUAAGCGAACAGAGGUUGUGCUCUAAUCUAAUUCAGUCUCUUGUUGGCAUACUGCGUUCUCCAGAUUCCUUUGCCGAUGAAAGAAAUGGUUAUAAAAAUAUGGAUAUAAGCAUUUAUAGGCAAUCUAAAGGGCAAUGGAGAAAUGGUGAAUCUGAAUGCAGCACAUCUGUCAUUUCUGCUAAAAUGGUUCCAAUAUGGUUACUCUCUAUGCUUGCUUCUUGUGAUAGUGGAAUUAGAACAACAAUAAUGGAGGCCGGAGCAGUGGAAAUUAUUACAAAUCUGAUAUCUCAUUAUCCCUUCUUAAAUGUUCAGAGUGGUUCUGGAGAAGAUAAUACUGCAUGGGCAAGUGCUUUGCUCUUGGCUUUGCUAUUUCAAGACAGGGAAAUUAUACGUUCAGAUGCUACGAUGCAUUCCAUUCCAAUUCUUGCAAGUUUAUUAAGAUCAGAAGAUUCUGUAAACAGAUACUUUGCUGCUCAAGCUUUGACAAGUCUGGUUUGUAAUGGUAGCAGAGGAACACUGCUAGCAGUAGCUAAUUCUGGAGCAGCCGUUGGGUUUAUUUCUCUGCUUGGCUGUGCUGAUAGUGAUAUAGCUGAUCUUCUAGAAUUGGCAGAUGAGUUCUUCCUAGUGCAAAACCCAGAUCAGAUUGCAUUGGAGAAAUUGUUUAGAGUAGAUGAUGUAAGAAAUGGUGCUACUUCUCGGAAAGCUAUACCUUUGCUUGUGGAUUUACUUAAACCAAUCCCAGAUCGACCAGGUGCACCCUUCUUGGCACUGGGUCUUCUUACACAGCUAGCUGUAGAUUGCCCAUCAAAUAAGCAGUUAAUGGUUGAAUCUGGAAUUCUAGAGGCAGUCACUAAGUACCUUUCACUUGGCCCACAAGAUGCAACAGAAGAAGCUGCAACAGAUUUACUUGGCAUUUUGUUUAGCUCUGCAGAAGCAAGAAAACAUGAAUCUGCUAUUGGUGCAGUUAACCAACUUGUGGCUGUCUUGCGUUUGGGUGGAAGAAAUUCCAGAUAUAGUGCAGCUAAAGCAUUGGAGAGUUUAUUUCUUGCUGAACACAUUAGAAAUGGAGAGACAGCUCGGCAAGCUGUUCAACCCCUUGUGGAGAUGCUAAGCACUGGUUCAGAGAGAGAACAACAUGCUGCUAUAGCUUCACUAGUAAGACUACUCUGUGAUAAUCCAUCAAGAGCCCUUGCUGUUGCUGAUGUUGAGAUGAAUGCAGUGGAUGUACUCUGUCGUAUUCUUUCUUCAAAUUGUUCAAUGGAACUGAAGGGUAAUUCUGCUGAGUUAUGUUGUGUUCUCUUUGGAAAUACAAGAAUACGAUCUACUGUAGCAGCAGCUCGUUGUGUGGAGCCUCUGUUGUCACUAUUAGUUAGUGAGUUUAGUCCUUCUCAUCACUCAGUUGUUAGAGCAUUAGAUAAACUUUUAGAUGAUGACCAAUUGGCAGAUCUUGUAGCUGCACAUGGUGCUGUUGUCCCUCUUGUUAGCCUGCUAUUUGGUAAAAAUUAUGAUCUUCAUGAGACCAUUGCUAGAACAUUGGUGAAAUUAGGGAGGGACAGACCAGGUUGUAAGUUGGAAAUGGUAAAUUCUGGAAUCAUUGAAAGCCUGCUCUCCAUCCUUGAUGAAGCUCCAGAUUUUCUUUGUGUUGCAUUAGCUGAAUUACUUCGUAUAUUGACCAAUAAUUCUAGCAUAGCAAAGGGUCCUUCUGCAGCAAAAGUUGUGGAGCCACUUUUCUCACUGCUAACAAGGCCUGAAAUUGGUCCUGAUGGACAGCAUAGUGUACUUCAAGUUCUUGUAAACAUUUUGGAACAUCCUGAAUGCCGAGCUGAUUAUCAUUUGACACCACAACAGGCUCUGGAACCAGUUGUUGCCUUGUUGGAUUCACCUACUCAAGCAGUGCAACAAUUAGCUGCAGAACUCUUAUCAAAUCUUCUACUGAAUGAACAGCUACAGAGGGAUGUGGUGUCAGAGCAAGCAAUUGGUCCCCUUGUUCAGCUACUUGGAUCAGGUGUUCCUGUUAUCCAGCAGAGGGCAAUUAAAGCUCUUGUUAACAUUGUGUUAGUCUGGCCAAACACAAUUGCAAAAGAGGGUGGUGUCUAUGAGUUGUCCAAAGUAAUUUUGCAGGCUGACCCUCCAUUGCCGCAUGCAAUAUGGGAAUCUGCUGCUAACAUUUUGUCAAGCGUCUUGCAGUAUAGUACUGAAUUUUUUCUGGAAGUACCUGUGGCUGUCCUGGUGCAACUGCUUCACUCCGAAACAGAAAGUACAGUUGUUGGCGCAUUAAAUGCACUCCUUGUCUUAGAAAGUGAUGACUCAACCAGUGCAGAAGCAAUGGCUGGAAGUGGUGCUAUAGAGGCACUGUUGGAACUUCUUAGGAAUCAUCAGUGUGAGGAAACAGCAGCAAGACUACUGGAAACAUUGUUGAACAACAUAAAAAUCAGAGAUUCAAAAGCUGCUAAAUCUGCUAUAUCACCAUUGUCAAUGUACCUUCUAGAUCCACAAACACAAUCACAGCAGGGGAGGUUGCUUGCAGCACUUUCUUUGGGUGAUCUUUUUCAAAAUGAAGGUCUUGCUCGAAGUGCAGAUGCUGUUUCAGCAUGCCGUGCACUGGUAAAUCUUCUUGAAGAUCAACCAAGUGAGGAAACUAAAGUAGUGGCACUAUGUGCUCUUCAGAACCUUGUGGUGUGUAGCAGAUCUAAUAAGAGAGCGGUUGCAGAAUCUGGUGGUGUUCAAGUUGUGCUGGACCUGAUAAACUCUGGCAAUCCUGAUACAUCAGUUCAAGCAGCAAUGUUUGUUAAACUUCUCUUUUCUAAUCAUACUAUACAAGAAUAUGCUUCUAGUGAGACUGUGAGAGCAAUUACUGCUGCUAUUGAAAAGGAUUUAUGGGCAUCGGGUAGUGUGAAUGAGGAAUAUCUAAAAUCUUUAACUGCAUUGCUCAGCAAUUUUCCACGUCUGAGAGCUUCUGAACCUGCUACAUUGAGUAUUCCCCAUCUGGUAACAUCCCUCAAAACUGGUUCAGAGGCAGCUCAAGAAGCAGCAUUGGAUUCCUUGUUUCUCCUGAGGCAGGCAUGGUCUGCAUGCCCCACUGAAGUUUUCAAAGCUCAAUCAGUUGCUGCAUCAGAAGCUAUUCCAUUAUUGCAAUUCUUGAUUCAGUCUGGCCCACCUCGAUUCCAGGAAAAAGCUGAACUUCUCUUGCAGUGUUUACCAGGGACAUUAACAGUGACAAUAAAACGUGGGAGCAAUCUAAAGCAAUCAGUGGGAAAUCCCAGUGUCUUCUGCAAACUUACACUAGGCAACAAUCCACCUAGACUAACAAAGGUGGUGUCAACUGGACCUACACCUGAAUGGGAUGAGGCUUUUGCUUGGGCUUUUGACAGUCCUCCAAAAGGGCAAAAGCUUCAUAUUUCUUGCAAGAACAAGAGCAAACUUGGGAAGAGUUCAUUUGGAAAAGUGACAAUCCAGAUUGACCGGGUGGUUAUGUUAGGAACAGUUUCUGGAGAGUAUACACUACUGCCUGAGAGCAAAAGCGGCCCUCGGAACCUUGAAAUUGAAUUCCAGUGGUCCAAUAAAUAAGGAGCAUCUAGGCAGUUUGCUAUUAUUAAUGUAUUUAAUUUAUAUAGAGGUGGCUUUGCCUCUUUUUUCACCUCAUUUUCCUGUCAGUGUAUAUAGUUUGCAGAGUUGUGUUAGUCCUCUCUGCACUAGAACAUUUCCAAAUCAUGUUAUGCCUGUAUGAAUUAUUCUUUAUUAUUAUUAUUAUUUUACCUUCAACAUUUGAAUGUUAAA